UGAGCUAGUAGUAUUUUGAACUUUGUCAGUGUCAGUUUUUUGGGUCCAUAUCAAAAUUAUGUCGUGUAAGUAAGCCUGAUAAUCUUAGCACAAAAAUGUCUGCGCCGUCAUCCUCCCGAAGCAUCCAGGCCAGGAGUACCCCUAAGGCUCCUGCAGCUCCUCCAACCGAUGCGUUGACCCGGAGUCAAAAACGGCAGCAGAAGCGGAAGCAGCGCCUCCAGGAGAUGCAGAGUCUGCUGUACACCAAGCACUUCUCCAACUGCCGGCUGCCCGUGUCAGUGGCCUCUUCUUCCGAUGAGCAGCUGCUCCAGCUGAAGCGCUUCGGCUCGUUGACCGAGCCGCCCAGCAGCAGAAGGAACCCGCUCUUUGUGAUCCCGUCCAACGAUUCACCGUGGGCCCGCCUGCGCCUGGUGGCCUGUCCAUGUCACGGAUGCCGCUGCUCCGUGGAACCCAGCGCUUUGUUGGGCCACUAUCUGAGCGACCAUUUACCGGGCCUGGGAGUUCCGUUCUUCGAACUGCAGAUGGGCAAGAAGGUGUCCCUAAGCUGCCACAUCAGCAGCAUGGAACGCGAUGUCAACACGCUGCUGGGCGUCUAUGGUUACCGGCGCACAGGCCUCAAUCCACUCAAAUGCCACCGGAACACCCACUUGCCGGCGGAGUACCGCCACUUCUCCCAGCACAGCGCGCUCAUGAUCUUCGGCUGCCGCACCGCACACUCGGUGCUGUGGGAGAGGAAGCGCGUGAAGCACGAGGUCCUGGCCAUCUGGGUGACAUCUCCGCUGCAGGGUGUGGCCAUCACACUGCGCCUUCUGGUACAGCCGGCCAAAUCGCCGCGCUACUACUCCAAGCAGAUCAAGGCGCGUCCCAUCCUGCCCUGGACGGCGAACCAGCCCUGCAGCGAGUUCAUCAAGACGGACAGCAACGUGAUACUCAUCAGCUUCGAGGACCUGCGACAGCUAAUGGAUCUGGAUGUGUGGCAGCAGAUGCUGACCGUCGAACUGAAGGUGGUCAGCGAGACAAAAAUAUAAUGCAACAAUAAAACUACAGACUAAUUGGA